CUCUAUCUCUGUCCUUCAGUGCUAAUGAUGACGAGGACCUGACGCCGGAGCAGAAGCUGGAGCGGGAGAAGGAGCGCCGCAUGGCCAAUAAUGCGCGCGAGCGUCUGCGUGUGCGCGACAUCAACGAGGCCUUCAAGGAGCUGGGCCGCAUGUGUCAGCUGCACCUCAAGAGCGACAAGCCGCAGACCAAACUGCUGAUCCUGCAUCAGGCUGUCGCCGUGAUACUCAGCCUGGAGCAGCAGGUCCGAGAGCGCAAUCUGAACCCGAAGGCGGCGUGUCUGAAGCGGCGGGAGGAGGAGAAGGUGUCGUCAGACGGUGCUCCGCUCUCAUUGGCCGCCGCUCACCAUGCAAUGGGCGAGGCGUCCAAUCCCAUGGGACAAAUGUCGAAGCUGCCAGAAUUCAUCAAAAUGAUGAGCAAUCACUUCCUAUGACAGCGUCAUUUCUGCCCAAACAAUCAACCAGUGGACCCGAGCGCCGCUGUCCUGACUGAAGAACACUGUAAAUGAGGGAAAAUCAGCAGUAAAGCGGCGCCGUACCUUC